AUGUUUUAUAACUCCCGCUGGACGCCUCUUGAUGCAACAUCACUUUGUGAUAGGUGGACAACGUCGCCGGAGAUGGCUUCCCAGGCACCGGAGCAAAAGCAGUGGCACUCCAGUGUCGGGCUCGACGAAUUUGUCGGGCACGUCCUCAAGUUCAAGUCUUUGGUUGACUCUACGCAAACCCGCGAGUUGGGCACGGUCGACAAAGAACAACUUGAUAAAAUUAUGGGAUGGGGAAUCUUCAUUGAACAGGAAGAUCGAAAACGCUUGAAAAAUAAGCGGGGUACUAUAGGUGCGUCGUCCUCUUUUCCCUACUCGUAUUCUUACCGAAGGCUGGCUUUCGUGCAGGUGGUCGGGGGGUUGAAUACCGACUCGCAGCGAGAUAGUCUCGCUCAGGCCUUGGGUCUUUCGCACCGUGCUAUUCUGCCUCGUCUCUACCAGGCGCGUAGAUGGGUGCUUAGGUCCAUGCUCGGCAGUACCUUCUUGGCCGACCACCCUCACCCCGAAUCUUUGCUGAUGUGGGUCAUGGCCUGCUACGAAGAACUCCCACCGCUGCAAGCCCACCAAGACGCGGGAGGCGAGACUGACCAGCCAGCGUCGUUUGUCAACGAUGCCAGCGCUGUUGUGAAAUCUCGAGGAGACGUAGGUGUUGUGUCGCAUGCCUACUCGGCUCUCUUACUCUGCGGAGGCGGGAGCAAGUUGGCGUCUUCAAUCAGCACCAGAGAUGCCGCUGGAGACGGUGGAAAAAGUACGAGUGUGCCAUGCUUGUAUGAGAUGAGUGUGGACACCGCACAGAAGCGAGCGUAUGCGAGCAACUGCUUCACUUUUUUGUCAUCGAGGUGCGCACAGGAUGAUGGGCAACACAAGCAUGGUGUGCUCGCCGAACAAGUCACGAGCUUCAUCCUGGAGCUCUCUGAACUUGCUCAAACGGACAUUGUGUCUCUCGAAAUUUUGUGUCUUGUGCUGCUAGAGCCGUGGAGACAGGCCACUUGCACUGCAAAACAUCAAGCAGAAGGCUCGGCAUGCGAUUCACAACAAGAAUCGCUGGGCACCUCGCUGAACGCCGCGGUUCUGAAACAGGCAAGUGCACUAGUUGAGGGUUUCCUGGGCGAUGCUAGGCUGUGGUCCUUGGACGAAUGGCUUCUGGGGGAGAUAUCACAUCGCUACGAGUCGUUCGCCAGAGCCUACGUGGAAAAGCUGACGCGAUCGCGGGAGGAGCUGGUUCGCAGAGAAUGUUUAACGCCUGCCGACUGGACUGGGCUCUGCUCAAGAAAAGAGGACGUGCAGAGCAGGCUGGGCGUUUUGUGUUCAAGAAGCGAGCGAUUAAAGCGCCUCGUGUUCCGGACGAUAGCUUCGAAUUGAAAUAGACAUCAGGAGGUGUAGGC